UGUCAAAAAUAAAAUCUACUAACAUAUAAUGAUUUUUGAACGAGAAAAAUACAAUUAUAGAGUCUCGAGAUCGAUCCCAAAGGAAAAGUGAGCGGAACUGAAGUUCGGCACAGUUUGUUUCCGCACGGACACUUUAACCUGGAUAAUCUGGGGAGAUGGCAGCGCUGAGGACGGUGCUUCACGCUCGAGUUGUUCAGGCUCUCCCGUUCUCCGGUUCUCUGCGGUUUGUCAGCUCCUUCAAGGCAGCGGAUCUCACCGUCCAGCGGAACGCGGCAUGCAGACCCAAGCCCGACCCGUCCACACUCCUCUUCGGCAAGAACUUCUCCGACCACAUGCUGACCAUCGGCUGGUCGGAGAAGAGCGGCUGGGAGGCGCCGCAGAUCAAGCCGUUCCAGAACCUCUCGCUGCACCCGGCCAGCUCCUCCCUCCACUACUCCAUCGAGCUGUUUGAAGGCAUGAAGGCGUUCCGCGGAGUGGACGACCACAUCCGCCUGUUCAGACCCAUGCUGAACAUGGAGCGGAUGCACCGCAGUGCGGAGAGAAGCUGUCUGCCACUCUUCGAUAAGGCGGAGCUUCUGGAGUGCAUCAGGAAGCUGGUGGAGAUCGACCAGGAGUGGGUCCCGUACUCCCAGGACGCCAGCCUGUACAUCCGCCCCACCUUCAUCGGGACCGAGCCUUCUCUGGGCGUGUCGCGACCUGGAAGUGCGAUGAUCUUCGUCAUCAUCGGCCCGGUGGGACCUUACUUCAGCACGGGAACCUUCAACCCGGUGUCUCUCCUGGCCGACCCUUCGUUUGUCCGAGCGUGGAAAGGCGGCGUAGGGGCCUACAAGAUGGGAGGAAACUACGGGCCGACCAUCGCCGUCCAGACUGAGGCGUUGAAGCGAGGCUGCCAGCAGGUGCUGUGGCUGUACGGAGACGACGAGGAGGUCACCGAAGUCGGCACCAUGAACUUCUUCGUCUACUGGACCAACCAGGACGGAGAGAAGGAGCUGGUGACUCCGGGUCUGGACGGUCUCAUCCUCCCCGGCGUGACCAGACAGUCGCUGCUGGACCUGGCCCGUAGCUGGGGGGAGUUUAAGGUGACGGAGCGUACGAUGGGCAUGAAGGAGCUGCUCGGCGCGCUGGAGGCCGGACGGGUUCUGGAGGUGUUCGGAGCCGGAACGGCGUGUGUGGUCUGUCCGGUCGGCAGCCUCCUCUACAAAGGAAAGACGUACCAGAUCCCCACCAUGCAGAACGGGCCGGACCUGGCAAAGAGGUUCUUCAAGGAGCUGACUGACAUUCAGUACGGACGCACACCCAGCGAUUGGGCGCCGCUGGUGGUUUAAGCGACCCUCUUUGCACACAUGCCACUCGUAUCAACAGUUAGUCGUGUGAUUCCAGUUCAGACGACCAGCAGCUCCACUUCCUCCUGUCAUUCAAAGCGAUUAAACUCCCCCGUUGCCCCGAUUAGCCCCCAUAUCCUUCAGACUCUCUUUCAGAAAUUGGUUGAAUGUAACGCUCAGUUACCCCCUAAAGAGAUCCAAACGAAGAUGAUUCAAUCAUGUGGACGUUUCUAAAGCUCAGACUUGGCGUGCAGGACUGGGAUGUCUCUCCACGGCGUGCACUACGUGAGCACUUCAGGAGAGGAUUGUGGGUAAAAACGUCCUGUUACAUAUUGAUAGUGAACGUGAGGAAGUUGUGUUGUUGUCGUGUGCUGGCGGCGUUCUCGUGGGGCCACAUCACCUUGACAGCAGUUUGCACUGAGAGGAAACACAAAGUGUUUUUAAUGUCUGUUGGGUUUUUGUGUGAUCGACGCACAACAGUAGAAGACUAGGAGUGAACAGCACUGAGAAGAUGGACGACGCUCAAGAGCAACGACUCUGACAUCAGAACAACGAAAGUUUUAAAUUAUUUUAUCCUGUUUCAAAGUGGAUUAGACUGUCUUCCAGAAUAUCUGUGUAAUCUGACCGUACACCACUGGCUGUCUCGUGUUUUCUCUUUUCAUGUGUUUUAUUCUCUCUUUAAGUGCCUGAACGUUGUUUCUUUGCUCGGCUGCUGAUUUGUUUGUUCCAGGCUGUGCACUAGGAGAUGUAGCUGAAUAAUGAAAUUAGUUUAUUUUAAAUAUGCUGUUACCUUUAUUCAGAUGUGACGGUUUUUUAUUAAAUCUCGUUUUAAGUCCUGUGAAUCUGAA